AUGAGUGAACGAAGCCAGAAAGCCUUGAUGGAUGGAGGAUCUUCGUACUCUGCACAUGCUUGGGUAAUUGAAGAUGUGAUGGACGACAAAGCGUUGGUGAAGAAGGAUCAAACAAGAAGGGAAGAGAAAGAACACCAAAAUCAAGAAAUAACAGACGCUCAAAGAAGAUACACGAGCUACCACAAAAAUGAGAGCAUAUAUAGCACCAAAAUAGGUCUCGAGAACUCUUAA